CGCCUCUGUUCCUCGAGCGCUGCUGUCGCGAUCGAUCGUCUGCCACAUUGGGAGGGCGGCGCGCGAUCGAUCGGCGUAGAGCGUGAUUCGCUAAGCGCGCGGCCGGUGCGGGUGGGAGGCCGUAUGGGGAGAGCGGCGGGGUGGCUCCAGGUUGCCGCGGCGGCGGGUUGCGCGGUGGCGGCGUGGGCGUUGGCGGCGGCGAUGGUGAAAGAGCGGGUGGCGGCGUGGAAGCAGUGGCUCCGGGCCGUGGAGGUGGUGCGCGAGUUCGAGGAGAGCUUCGAGACGCCCACGGAGCGGCUGCAGCGAGUCGUCAACUCCCUGGCCAUCGAGAUGUUCGCGGGGCUCGCGUCCGAGAACGCCAGCAAGGUGCGGAUGCUGCUCACCUGCGUCGACCGCCUCCCGAAUUGGAAUGAGGAAGGCAUAUAUUACGCCAUCGAUAUUGGAGGAACGAGUUUUAGAGUGUUAAAAGUUCAACUUGGUGCAGGGUAUACAAUAAUUGAUAAGAAAGUUCAACUUCAACCUAUCCCAACUAAAGGUACUAUUGAGGACUUCUUCAAUUUCAUUGCCUCAACGCUAAAGAAUUUUAUUGAAAAGGAAGGCGAUAAGGGAAAGGCACUUGGUUUUACAUUUUCUUUUCCUAUAGAACAAUUUUCCAUAACCUCCGGGUCGUUAAUUCGAUGGACUAAAGAGUUUUCAAUUGAAGAGGCUGUUGGAAAAGAUGUUGCUCAGUGUUUAAAUGAAGCGCUAGUUAGGAACGGAAUGCAUUUGCAAGUCAAUGCACUGAUGAACAAUACCGUGGGGACACUAGCUCUGGGGCAUUAUUAUGAUAAAGAUACAGUAGCUGCGGUGAUUAUUGGAGCUGGCACCAAUGCUUGCUAUAUUGAGAGCAAUGAGGCAAUCACUAAAGGCCAGGGCCUUCUUACUAACUCCGGACGAAUGGUUGUAAAUGUGGAAUGGGGGAGUUUCCGUCCUCCGCAAAUACCAUUAACUCCGUAUGACAUAUGUUUCAAUAAUGAGACACAAAAUUACUAUGAUCAGGGUUUUGAGAAAAUGAUCUCUGGUGUGUAUCUUGGGGAGAUUGCAAGAUUGGUGUUUCACAAAAUGGCUCAAGUGUCAGACGUAUUUGGUACUGCUGUUGAUGGUUUAGCUAUUCCUUUCACCUUAAGCACUCCAUGUCUAGCUGCUAUCCGGGAGGAUGAUUCCGGAGACUUGAGAGAGGUUGGAAGGAGGCUGGAGGAACAUCUCAAGAUAUCCAAUGUCCCCCUAAAGACGCGCAGGCUUGUGCAGAGAGUGUGCGACAUCGUCACCAGAAGAGCUGCACGUCUAGCGGCAGCUGGAAUCGUUGCAUUGCUACAGAAAAUUGGCCGCGAUGGAACGUGUGGUGGCACCACCAGAGUUCGGAGGAUCACGGGCAUGCCAAAGAGAUCGGUCAUCGCAAUCGAGGGCGGCCUCAUCCAGGGAUAUGCAGCCUUCAGAGAGUAUAUGAAUGAAGCCGUAGGCGAGAUCCUUGGGGAGGAGAUUGCGGCCACCGUUGUUCUUAGGAUGGUGGAGGAGGGGUCUGGGAUCGGGGCUGCUCUCGUCGCGGCCGCAUAUUCGUCGAAUCAACACAACUCCAUACAUGUAGGAAUGGUGCAGACUUAACGCCUGUGAAAAUGAAAACAAAAAAGGAGAGUACUCAUUCAUUCAUUGUUAAAAGUUAGUGGUAUUUGCUCAAGCUUGAUUUUCCUCUCUGCUGAGAUCGAAUUGUGCUUGUGCUUCAAUGUGUAUGUACUAAUGAAUUGUCUCAAGAUAAAUGUUUGCAAUGUAAAUGAGUCC